AACAUCAGUCUGUCUAUCCUCCACCCAGCAGCAACAGUGUCCAACGUCUCUGGCCAACGAGCAGUCGACUUCAACCGGUCGUUAAUUUGGAAACGGGUUCCAACAGAUUCCUCCAAUAAGCUGACCUUAAUCAGAGGUCAAUUGUUCUUUGGCACAUUCGCAACAGCUUUAACUAACUUCACAUUUAGAGGGCUUGAACGUACUAUAUGUAUGUUUUUUUCGUUCUACAUGUCUGAAUAUUUAUUGCAAAGCGUUAUCGUGACACAAAGGUGAAUGUUUCCCUCUUUUUUUUGGAUCGUUAAGUACAAUCUGUUCCUGAUAAGCGUCACACAGAUACCCAGCAGGUUAGGCGUCUUCUAGCGUUAGUUCAGCGUGUUUCGCUAAUUGUAGGCUUUGUGAGCUGCUCCCACGAUGCCAUCGGAUGUGAAAGAGUUUCUGCGCCAAGCAGCGAUGCAGGUCGGAGCUGGCGGAUCGGCCGGAUUUGUGGAAGUGUGCAUCAUGCACCCACUCGAUUUGGUGAAAACGAGGCUUCAACUGCAAGCGAGCCCUGCCGCCGGCGCUGCCAGAUCGACUACGUACUACAAUGGCGUAUUCGACUGUAUCCGCAAGAUGGCCAAGGCGGAAGGUGUAUUUUCACUGUACAAAGGCAUCUUGCCCCCGGUACUGGUGGAAACACCCAAACGGGCAGUAAAAUUCUUAACCUUUGAGCAGUACAAACGCUUCUUCAUGUUUGGCUCGGACAAGCCAACGCCCCUGACAUUUUCCCUGGCUGGUCUAGGAGCGGGCGUAACGGAAGCUAUUCUGGUAAAUCCAUUCGAAAUGGUGAAAGUUACCUUACAGGCCAACAAAAACAAGAUGGGCCAGGUUCCCAGUACUUGGGCAGUAACGAAGCGAAUCGUGAACGAGUCCGGAUUCGGAUUGAAUGGAUUGAAUCGCGGACUGACCGCCACUAUCGGGCGUAACGGUGUGUUCAAUAUGAUCUACUUCGGGUUUUACCAUAGCGUUAAAGGCAUCGUUCCGGAGUAUAAGGAUCCUGUGCAAGAAUUCCUCCGUAAGGUUGGCAUCGGGUUCGUUAGUGGAACACUCGGUUCGAUCGUGAAUAUUCCCUUCGAUGUUGCCAAGUCACGAAUUCAGGGACCUCAACCAGUUCCGGGACAGGUAAAGUACCGUACCACGUUCGGCUCGAUGGUGAUCGUUGCGCGCGAGGAAGGUUUUGCGGCACUCUACAAAGGCCUCACCCCGAAAGUGAUGCGUCUAGGGCCGGGCGGUGCAAUCAUGCUGGUAGUUUACGACUAUGUGUACGCUUUUCUAGACGGCUACUUCAAGUAGUUGCGUAAGGUAAUCGUCAACAUACCAUUAGAUAAAAACGGCCAGCUUCCUUCUUUGCACUGCAUUGGUUUGCAUUCAGUGUGCUCGCCAGGGUGAGUAAAAGGGCAUUUUGAUACAUAUUCGGGCAUUUACAUAUACAUUUACCGGUUACGAUACGGGUACAAUUGUGGCUUAACGCAACAGUUUUUGGAGUCAAUUUGCUUCUCUUGAAAGUCGCACCAUGAAGAGUAUUAUUUUACAGCGCAUGUCGAAUCAUGUCGUAUUUGUACAGUAAAACCUGUGCCGAUCCAAAUUCCAAACCGACAAUAUUACAUUAUUUUGUGCGUAGAGAAAGUUUACAAAUAAAGAGAAAAAAAAAAGAAAACAUUUAA